GCGCAUCGUGGUUCUUUGCCAUAUCCCGUUUACUCCACCACGCCAUUUUCUUGGUCGCAGCAUUUCUACGUGUGUAGCGUUUUGAGGCGGCUGUGCGUAGAGAGCUGUGUUUCGUUGUGGAUCCGAAGUACCUUCCGUCUGUAUUUUAUAAUAAACUUAUCAAUCAUGUCACGCUACCGUGAAUGGGAUUUAUCCUGCAAAGUAUAUGUCGGAAAUCUGGGUAGCAGUGCCAGUAAACACGAGAUUGAAAGUGCAUUCAGCAAGUACGGACCUCUCAGAAAUGUUUGGGUUGCAAGGAAUCCACCAGGGUUUGCAUUUGUCGAAUUUGAAGAUCCUAGAGAUGCCGAAGAUGCAGUUAGAGGAUUAGAUGGAACACGCUGUUGUGGGACGAGAGUAAGAGUAGAAAUGUCUUCGGGAAGAAGUCGUCGUGGUGGUGGAGGACGUAGACCAGGCCCACGAUACUCGAGAUCCAGAUCCGUAUCUCCACGAAGGAAGUCCGCAGGGCGUUAUCCCAGGUCAUUGUCGCGCAGUCCGCGGGGGACGUCAAUAGACCGCUUCUCUAGGUCAAGGUCACGCAGCCCAAGAAGGAGGUCACUUACCAGAAGUAGAAGCCGCGAUCGUCGCUCACGUUCCGACUCUCGCGACAGACGGUACUGAAAUAUAUAUCCCUUCACGUUUACCGUAUUUUGCCCGAUCACCAUCUACAUUUCAGUUCCACACUUUUGAACCUCUGGUAUCAAACGCGCACUGAAGAUUCGUUCUCAUCGAUUUCAGAAUAAAUAUUUAAAUUCAUAUCUUUUCUUUACUCGCUUCAUUCGUUAUCGCGUUCCUACAGCAAUUGUAAAGUUUUAUUUUAUUUUUUUUGUUUCUCCUUUUCCUGCCUCGCUGAUUUAUUUCAAUUAGUAGAACCUCAUAGAGCACCGUUGAUACAUUGAUAUUUGUUUAAUAAAGACAGCUCAAAAUAAUAGGUAGAGUUCUGAUAACGGCGACAGUGACUAUAAAUUGAAGGUCAUAAGUUAUAGACAAUGUAGAUACUUGCAUACGAUGAUUGAUGAUUGUAAAUAGUGUAAACACAGAGUGACGUGUAUUUGGUCUUGAAAUUGUAAUUGUGAUAGACGUCUUUUUAAUUACGUAAAUACCUAUUAUUGUCUACAGCGAUUUUUUUUUUUUUUUUUGUAACGUCGGUGCAACGAACCCGCGUAUAGUCAAUUUUGAGCUUCUUUAAACGCAAUCGGAUUUUCCUUCGUUCUAUUCUACAGUAUUGUUCUAUUUAAUUACAGUUAGAUCCUAAACGUUCGAGAAUGGACGGACUUAAAAAUCCGAAGAAGAAGAAGAGCAAAGCAUUCUUUGUACAUUAAUUGAAUCACAUGUUCAAAAAAGAAAC